CGCCAUACAACGACGCUGGAAUGCGGCCCGUUCGCUGUUGACUGCGCAGUCGCAGCGCGCGUCGUGGAAGAGGUCAGAAAAUAACAACAACGAAACGACAAAAUUUUACUGUUAGGCAUUUAUCGAUAGCCAAAAUCGAUAGAAAUUGUUCAAAAGUGUGAGCUAAAAAAUCAAAACUACCAUUGAAAACUCAGUUAUUGUGGAUUACGCGAAACAGAAACAACAAACAGCAACAACAAUGCCGACAACUGCAGCGGCUUAAGCAACGUAUUUCGAACGCGCGCGCUGUAUACGGAAAAUGAUGCAGCAUGCGAGCAUUUUGCACCGUCAGCGCGCCUUUGGAAGUAUGCGCGUCCUCAGCCGAGCAACUAUCACCAGGCUCGCGAUUCCUGGCCCUGAGACUUCUGGGGCAGCAGCAGCCGAAAACCUUGUACUUCCUAGUCGAUGCCAAGAGUCGGGUUCGCGAGGUCUACACGCAGACAUGUCUGCACUUUGCCACGCAAGGGAUGCUGGACACCGAACUCUUCGGUCUGGCUGUGCUCAUAGAUGGCGAGUACAUGUUCGCAGAUCCCGAGAGCAAGCUCUCCAAAUACGGCCCGAAGAGCUGGCGAUCUUCGCACACCCACGGGCUAGAUGCCAAUGGACGACCGCUCCUGGAGCUACACUUCCGAGUGCAGUUCUACAUCGAGAGUCCGUUCAUGCUGAAAGAUGAGACGUCCCGCCACAAUUACUACCUGCAGCUGCGCCACAACAUCCUGCAGCGCGAUCUGCCGCGAGAGCAGGCGGAGCAGGCCCUGGUCUUCCUGGCUGGCCUGGCUCUCCAGGCGGAUCUGGGUGAUGCUCCUCCGGUUGCGAGUUCCGCCUCCGGAUCGGGCAAUUCCAAGGACGAUUCGGGUGAGGAGACAGCGACAACAGGGAGAGGACUGAGUGCCACCACCACGUUGCCCAAGAUCAGCAAGCGUGCCAAUGAGAGGAUGCUGAGGCUCUCCACCUACGUGGCCUCCACCUCGAAGCGGGAAUCGAUGCCUCUGCCAGCCAGCCACCUGCCGCCUAAUCAAGCGGACUACUACCGGAUAGAGGACUACCUGCCCGGCGGAAUGCACACGCCGUGGGCGAGAAGUGCAAUGCGGGCCUGCCACCGGGAGCACCUGGGCAUGGCCACCUCGGAGGCGGAGCUGCUGUACAUCCAGCAGGCCUGCAGCCUCCACGAGACCAUCAAUGCCCACACCUACAGGAUGCGGCUGGCCAAGAGCGAGCAGGGAUCGGGUAGCGCCUGGUUCGUGGUCUACGCCAAGGGCAUCAAGAUUCUGGGAGGCGACGGCACUCCACCCGAAGCCACCACCACCUUCCUGUGGCCCAAUAUCACGAAGCUCUCCUUCGAGCGCAAGAAGUUCGAGAUUCGGUCGGGGGAGAGCAGGAUCACCCUGUAUGCCGCCUCGGAUGAGAAGAACAAGCUGCUGCUGACCCUCUGCAAGGACACGCACCAGUGGAGCAUGAAGCUGGCCGCGCGGCUGAAGGAGGUGUCCAAGCGGGAGGAGGAGGAGGCAGCCGAGUCCCAGCGACUCCAUGCCAGCUACGCCUGCUCAAGGAGCCUCCUGCUGCCCUACAAGAGCAAGAACGAGCAGCGCAUUUCGGUGAUCUCGAGCACCAGUUCCAACACCACCUCGGGCAUAGUCAGCGAUCGGGUUCACUCCGAGGACGAGCUGGAGAUCAUGAUCAACACGCCGCCCGCUCCACUCGCGGCUCCCUCCACGGAGAGCCUGGCCCUGGCCCACCUCCUGGAUCGGCCCAGUGUGAGCAGGCAGACCUCGAGCGUGGGUCAGAUGUCUCUCAAGGAUCUGGAGGAGCAGCUGGCCGCCCUGAGUGUGCGGCCAGCGGAGGAGCCGGCCAUUAGCUCCUCCUCCGUGCAGCGGAACUCUGUACCGAACACCAACGACUCCUCCACGGCCACCGAUUCUCCGAGUUCCCAGCACAACAUCGGUUCCCAGUGCUCCUCCACCUGCAGCACUGUGGUGGUCACCUCGCCAGUGGGAGGAGCAGCCUCCGUGCCCGUGCACUCCACUUCAUCCAGCCUGGAGCUGGGCUUCAGUCACACCGCCCAGAACUCCCAGCUGAGCGAGACGAGGGAGGAAACGGAGAGUGUGUCGGGUGCCUCGGGAGUGUAUACCCUGGCGGACCACGGAGCUACGCCGACUGAGACUUCAGGGGUGUACACCAUGCACUCCAGCGAGUUGACCGGCCAGUCAUCCGAGAUGGCCGAAUCGGAGAAGAGCUCCCAUUACGGAAUGUUCCAGCCGCAGAAGGUGGAGGAUGACCAUGUGCCGCGUUCCGAUUCGGUGGAUGGUAAGAAGCUGGAAGGAGAGGAGGUGGAGGAGUUCCGACUGCGUUCGGACUCCAACAUCAGUACGGGCAGUUCCUUCCGAGGCGACGGGAGUGAUCCAACCGACAACAAGCAUUCACUGCUCUCCGCCGAGGAGCUCACCAAUCUGAUUGUGGGCCGGGGAACCUAUCCUAGCAGGAAAACGGUGUCGAGUAGCCUCCACUCGGACUGUGAUUACGUGACACUGGGCAAGGAUGAGGAGGAGGAGGAAGUGGCACCACCGCCACCCUACAGUGCCAGGCACGAGAAGACCGGCCUGUGUGGCCCACCGAUCGUCAAGCCACCGGCUCACCCACCCAAACCCAUAGCAGUGGUGGCUCCCAAGCCGGAUACACCACCGCCUCCGGUGGCUCCACCACCACCACCACCGACGGCCCUCCGACGCCGCGAUCCUCCGCCAUAUUCCAGUUCCAAUUUAAGUACCUCCAAGCCGCGACCCACAUCCCUGAUUUCCGUGAGUUCCUCCGCCAAUCCUGCGCCCAGUGCCGCCGGCUCGAUGAGUUCCUUGAAGUCCGAGGAGGUGACGGCGCGGUUCAUUACCACCAGGCCGCAGAUCAGCAUCUUGAAGGCCCACACCAGCCUCAUUCCGGAUGGAGCCAAGCCGAGCUACGCCUCCCCGCAUCACUGCUCCUCGGUGGCCUCCUCCAAUGGCUCCGUUUGCAGUCACCAGUUAAGCCAGCAGUCGCUGCACAACUCUAAUUAUGCAGGGGGAUCGCAGGCUUCACUGCAUCACCAUCAUAUGCAACCACCGGCGCACCACCGACAUUCCGGUUCAGCGGCCAUUGGGAUACCCAUUGUUCCGUAUGGUCUGCACAAGAGCACUGCUUCACUGCAUCAUCAGCAGUCGUGUGUCCUCCUGCCAGUGAUCAAGCCGCGUCAGUUUUUGGCCCCACCACCGCCCAGUUUGCCCAGGCAGCCGCCACCACCGCCGCCUCCGAAUCAUCCGAACCACCACCACCUGGCCAGCCACCUCUACGGGCGGGAGCUGGCGAGGAAGCAGCUGGAGCUCUACCAGCAGCAGCUGUACAGCGACGUGGACUACGUGAUUUACCCGAUUCAAGAUCCAGCGGUCAGCCAGCAGGAGUAUCUGGACGCCAAGCAGGGAUCCCUGCUGGCGGCCAUGGCCCAGGCGGCACCACCACCGCCGCACCACCCCUAUUUGGCCAUGCAGGUCUCCCCGGCGAUCUACAGGAGCACUCCCUACCUGCCACUCGCCCUGUCCACCCACUCGAGAUACGCGUCCACCCAGAACCUGUCGGACACCUAUGUCCAGCUGCCCGGACCCGGCUACUCCCCGCUGUACUCGCCCUCGAUGGCCAGCCUCUGCUCGUCGUACGAGCCACCACCACCGCCACCACUUCACCCGGCCGCCCUGGCAGCCCAUGCCGCGCAUGCCUCCUCCUCGGCCGCCGCCGCCGCCUCCUCGAUGUUCGCACGAUCGCGAUCAGACGAUAACAUUCUGAACUCGCUCGACUCGCUGCCCAAGGGGAAGCGCCUGCCGCCGCCGCCACCACCGCCCUACGUGAACAGGCGACUCAAGAAACCACCCAUGCCGGCGCCCAGUGAAAAGCCACCUCCAAUACCCUCAAAGCCCAGUCCCAGCAUGAUGAUGAUGAGCCCGAUGCCGCCGCGCAAACCGCCCACCCUGAAUCCGCACAACGCCAACUCACCGCUGACCAAGACCUCCAGUGGCGCCCAGUGGGCGGGCGAGCGUCCUAGGCCGGACUUGGGUCUCGGCCUGGGGCUGAACCGGGGAAACAACAGCAUUCUGGCCCAGCUGCAGGCUUCCAUGGCCGCCGAGUCGCAUGCCCAGGCCCAGGCUAAGGCCCUGGACAUUGCACUGCUGCGGGAGAAGAGCAAGCAUCUGGAUUUGCCGCUGAUCUCUGCGCUCUGCAACGAUCGCUCCUUGCUGAAACAGACCAAGGUGAUGAUGAAUCCGAAGACGGGCCAGGAGAUUCCCAUGCCCUCCAGCUCGCAGUCCUCGGGAGUCGCCACCACCGCCAUCAACGGGGGUUCCAAUUCCUCGGGAGGAGGCGGAGGAACCUUGAGCAAGGCCAGGAAAGGAUCCACCGUGAGCCACCGGCAUCCGCAGGACAAGUUGCCACCUUUGCCUGUACAACAGCUGGCGGAGGCCAACAACUACGUGAUCGAUCCCGCCGUCAUGAUGAAGCAACAGCAGCAGCAAAACCACAAGACCAGCUAGACUCGCAAAGCUUAAGGGGAAAUGGAAAUGGACUAAUGGGUCCAAGACGACACUCUUCUCUCUAGUUCGGUUGCUGUUCGAAGUGCUGACGUAUUUGUGUGCCCAAGUGAAGAGCUUAUUCUGCGUUCGGAAAUUUGCAUAGAUCGUAAAGAGUUCUCUAUAUAUUCGAUCACAGUGUUUCGGAGGGUAGAGAUUCGCUGGGCACGAAAGGGGUUUUCGUAAACCCACUGGGAAGAAUCAGUUAACAGAGCAGCAGAAUAGGAACUAACAUGCAUUUAACAGAAGCCAGUUUUUUUUCGAAGGACCAAAUUGUAGAAAUCAUAUAGAUUUUUUGUUUGGACCUUUGCCACUUACCACUUACCGGAUGAAUCAGACAGAAAACUAGAGUAACGAAAGCCACUGAAAAACAAACACACAGAGUCAAUAUUUAAACUAACAGAACACAGGACGUGAGCAACAUAACCUCAAAUACGCAUAACAUAACCUUCAAAUAAUCUGAACCCAGUCUAGUCACUUAAGGGAAUUGGUAACGUAACCACACAGUAGAAGCCACAAUGACACACCAUCGGAAAAGGAAACGUAAACGGAAAUAGAGAGAGAGUUGAACAACAACAAAAUGGGAAGCAACAAUACUCAAGUAUAAAAUACGACCACUACCUAAUUAACUAAACUACAACGUAGAACUUUAGUCUUAGCUGCAAAUACUUAGUUAGGCCAGAAAUGCGAAUACUUAACACUAACUACUUCCGCCCAAACAACUGUGAUUGAUUUUUAUUUAAACUUACACUAUAAAUUUACAACAACUACUUUAGUCAGCAAGAACAACGCAUAACAACAUGAAUAACUAUGCAAAUUUUUUAGUACGUAGCAAUCGCCCCUCACGCUAAACACACACAUACUCACAACGAAUCGGGCCAGCGAGCGUAUCGGGUUAUCACCCGUUCGAAUCGGCUGUGAAACGGUUCGGAUCGGUUUGGCCCGCC